GGAUGGAACCAAGAUGCUGCUGCAAUAGUCAGAGCAGCAGAGGCAGGAGGUGGAGGAGAUGGCUGUAGCCGCACUCCAGAGGGUCACUGACCAGACGAACAAGGCCCAGGACAGGGCUCACAGCCUGGAGAUGGCACUGCAGACAGCACAGGUUCAGUCAUCACAGUGGAGAGAACGCUAUGAGGAGGAGAGGAUCAAAUGCACCCAGAUGAGGAAGUCUCUGGUGCAGAACAUAGACAAUAUAAACCUAUUACAGAGCCAGCUCGAGGGAGUGAUAGGACAGGAGGCCACUCUGAAGAGCCAGCUGCUGCAGCACCAACACACUGAGGCUGAGCUCCACCUCAACAUCAGCCUUCUAGAGCACAACCUGCACACCUGCAGGACACAAGACACAUGGAGACAGCAGCAGGAAGACACCAAGAAACAGCAGGAGAUUGUCAAAGGACGGCAACAGGACUCCAUAGGUCUAGUAUAUUACACACCCACUCGCAGAAAAAAACAGUUGGAUUGUGUUACUGUAGUAGUAGGUAAAGGAGUUUCAACUUCUAUUUUAACCAUGAUAUUUAUUGGUCUAUAAAUGUGUUAAACUCCUCACUAGAGCAUCCCUUAGAUGAGCAGUUUCAUCCAGCUAUGUCACACAACAGCAACAUGAAGCAAAGCAUGAUGGAAACCAACAUCCAUAGGAGAGGUCCGAAUAUGUCUACAAUUCACUUUCUCAUCUUAGUCAUGUCAAACCCAGAGCACCAUCGUAGCAUUUAUGUAAAUGUUUGUCCCCACUGUCUUCAUGCUGUAUGUCUCCAACAUGUUUAUUGGCUCUGCUUGAUUUUAGUCCUAUAUUAUCUUGAUACUGAUGGAAUCUUUCUUUUUUUCCAACAAGAGACGCUGUUGUCCCUGGUUUAUCCUGCUGUCUCUAUUCCUGGUAGUCACGGUGGCAGCCAUUUUGACGUUGUUAUUGGCCGAUAUCCCCACAAGAAGGAAACAGCUGUGAGACCGUUACCAAGUACUACAAGAACGCACAGAAAAGUAUCUCUAUGACAUUAGCUCAGCAUUGCUAUAGGCCCAUAUGACAAGACCUGGGAACUGGACAACACUCUGAAGAACUUGCUCUGAUUUGGGAAAUAUGUUUAUUGCAUUUUACUUUAAUGUUUUCUGUAUAGCUCAGUCAACAUUAUAGCGAAGGAUAUUUAUCAUCCAUUGAAAAUGUAAUCUUGAAGUAAAUUUGUAUUUCUAAUGCAUUUUAUGGUUGCUGCAUCAUGUUCAUGCAUGCAGUGAGGGAAAAAAGUAUUUGAUCCCCUGCUGAUUUUGUACGUUUGCC